GGUAACCAUAGUCUGGGCCUCCCAGUAGCAAAUAGUGCUAGCUUGCUAGGUAUUCUUGGAAAACAUUAGUAUUAGGUGAUUUCUGGUUAUGAAUGGUAAACCUACGCCUUUAAUUAAUGUUAAAGGUCUCAGCUUCUGCCGACUCUUGUAGCCCAUUUAACACUGAAAAUCCACAAGUGAUGCGGAGAGUGACGCUCUUUGUAAAUGGAACUUCCAGCAAUGGCAAGGUUGUGGCUGUGUAUGGGACUUUAGUCGACCUACUCUCAGUAGCAAGCAGCAAACUUGGUAUCAAAGCUUCGAACAUUUAUAACGGGAAGGGAGGCCUCAUUGACGACAUAGCCCUAGUAAGGGAUGAUGAUGUCCUUUAUGUGUCAGAGGGAGAUAGUUUUGUUGAUCCACAAGAAGAUUUUGAGGAUCAUGGAGAUUUCCCCAUCCAGGCGCACACUGACUGGUUGACCCUGAAUGUUGGUGGACGUUGUUUCACCACCACCAGGAGCACUUUGGUAAGCAAGGAGCCAGACAGUAUGUUGGCUCAUAUGUUUCGAGAAAAAGAUGUUUGGGGAAACAAGCAAGAUGACCAAGGUGCAUACCUCAUUGAUCGCAGUCCAGACUACUUUGAGCCCAUCCUCAACUACCUCAGACACGGCCAGUUAAUUAUCAAUGAGGGGAUCAAUCUCCGGGGUGUGUUGGAGGAGGCACGCUUUUUCGGAAUGGAGCAGCUGGCUGAACAGCUGGAGGGCUUAAUAAGGAAUUCCCAGCCACCUGAUGAUCACUCGCCAAUCUCCCGCAAAGAGCUGGUGCGCUUCCUGUUGGCCACACCCACUAAAUCUGAGCUACGCUGUCAGGGUUUGAAUUUCAGUGGUGCAGACCUCUCUCGUCUUGAUCUGCGUUACAUUAAUUUCAAGAUGGCCAACCUCAGUCGCUGCAACCUCACACACUCCAACCUCUGUGGUUCCAACCUGGAGAGGGCAGACCUAUCCUACUCCAACCUAGAGGGUGCCAAUUUGCAGGGUGUGAAGAUGUUGUGCACCAAUGCAGAGGGUGCCACCUUGAAAGGCUGCAAUUUUGAGGAUCCAGCUGGGCUCAAGGCCAACUUGGAAGGUGCCAACUUGAAAGGAGUCGACAUGGAGGGCAGUCAGAUGACUGGCAUCAAUCUCCGGGUGGCCACCCUGAAGAACGCCAAGCUGAAGAACUGUAACCUACGAGGGGCCACACUUGCAGGGACAGACCUUGAGAACUGUGACCUGUCCGGCUGUGACCUUCAGGAGGCUAAUCUGCGGGGCUCCAACGUGAAGGGGGCCAUCUUUGAGGAGAUGCUGACUCCACUGCACAUGUCCCAGAGUGUCCGAUAGACAGUUCCCCCCCUCUCUCUCUCUCUCUUUUUUCUCUCUUUCUUUCUUUCUUUCUUUCUUUCUUUCUCUCUUUCUUUCUUUUUCUUUCUCUCGCAGAGGUGAGUGAAACUGGACUGUACACUGGGCUAGGUCGCUUAUCCAGAGCACUGCUGACUGACUGUUACUCUGCUGUUCAUGAUGUGCACAGUCUACUCCUAGAACAAACGUCUACUGAUUCUGCUUAAGAACGUGUCCUUGAUGACUGCCGUUAUUACCGCUCUAGUUUUUGCACUGAUCUGAAUGGUUAUGUCUAGAUUGUCAUUGCAUGUUGUCCUUCUAAAAUGAGAUCAGAAUACUGUACAUUUGUGGAAUACUGAUCUCCAGAUAAUUCCACAAACAAAGGAGCUUGUGUCAUAAGCUUGUACCUGAAUGUGAAGUUGUAUUAUAUAUGCAGCUGUCUAAAAAGCUUUUCACUUUGUCCCGUGUUGAGGUAUUCAAAGCUUUUAUAAAUAUCACUGCAGGAUUGUGAUAGUAGUGAAUAAUCAUGUACUCUGUCUCCUUGGUAAUGAAUCAGCCUUUUUUGUGCAUUGUCUUGCUAUUUUAGUGUUCAGGUGUAUUAUAUUUUCUGUGUUUUUAUGUAGACAAACCAAAAAUGGGUAUAGGUGCAAACAUACUGUAUUUUGUACUUUAUUACAAUGAAUGUUUCAGAGAGAAAUAAAGGCACAUUUAAACAUA